UUGGAAGUGGGCCGCGCGAACGCAGGCCCACACUAUCACAAAUUAUGACGUAGGCUCGACUACUUGAGCCGACCUUAGGCGGGCACCCCUCCAAGGUGCAAUGGAGGUCACCAACCUAGGCCAUGGGCCUUAUGGAUCGCCCAUUGACCCCGUCCAGUUACUUACUCGUCAAACACUCGGCAAUUUUGGAGACAGAAUCCGGCCAAUAAACACUUCUCAUUAGGAAACGGCUACCAGGUGUUUGAUUUUGUGCCUCUGAGAAACUCGCCGGGAUUCCGACAUGAGUAAAGAUCCCUCCACAGAGAGCAAAAACCCAAAACCCAAAAUAUUAGGAGCAACCCAACUCCAAAUUGGUGAAGAUGAAGUUUCGCGGCUGGUUGGCGGUAUAGUCGAAAAGGGCUUCUCCGAAGUUGGGCAGACUAGGCCGUUGGCUCCGCCUUCGGGACCGCGCCCCACCGUUCUGCCUUUUCCGGUGGCGCGCCACCGCUCACACGGCCCGCAUUGGGCUCCUAAAGUUGUAAAUUUGAACCUUCAUAAUGACAAAGGCGAUGAAGAUGAGCUCCUGGGAGAAGACGAAGAUUUUGAGGGGAUGGAAGUAGCUGCUGCUAAUGUUGCUAAUCCAGUACAAAGGAAAGAGAAGAGGGGUUUAGAUUUCAGUAGAUGGAGGGAGAUUGCGAAAAAAGAGGGCAAUUCGGGGUUCCAUGAGAAGGGAAAGGGAAGGUACUCGAAUGGGAUGGAAGUUGAGAAAAAAAUGGCUUCUAAUGGGUUAAGCAGACAAAUUGCUGACCGGGGUGAUGCCAAGUUGCAGUCUGUGACUAUGAUUAAUAAUGCUUCGACAAUCAAAGAGGCGGAGGAGGAAGGAAAAGAGCCGUCACAUUUGGCUAGUGCCGAGGAGUUUCGCAGCUUCAGUUAUGACAAAACUGAAAAUCAUGUUCAAAAUGGAUUGAGUAAAGAACUAGACCUGAAAAUGGAGAAUGUGCAAAAAUCACCUACGGCUUCUGGUUUUCCUGUGCAGACAUUGGUAGGUGGAGAAGAAAACAGUCUUCAAAAUCAGAUCGAUGCUGAGAAUCGUGCUCGGUUAGCAAGUAUGUCUGUUGAUGAACUUGCUGAAGCACAAGCUGAAAUCAUGGCUAAGCUGAACCCAAAAUUGAUCGAGGCAUUGAAAAGACGGGGCCAGGCAAAAGGCAAGAGGCAAAAGUCUUCUAUGACAGAUGUCACAGGCAGUGCAUCAGAUGGUAUGCAAAAUGGGGAAGCUCUGCCAAAACUUUCUGAGAACAUGGUCUCUCAUGAUGAAGCCAUGGAAAUUGAAACUGAAGAUGCACUGAAAAAUAAGGAAGACAAAGUUUCCCCAAAUGUAAGUCCAGAUAGAGGAAGCAUAUGGAAUUCUUGGAGCAAAAGAGUUGAGCGUGUUAGAGAUGUGCGAUUUUCCUUAGAUGGAGACAUUAUUGGCUUUGGUAUGGAGUCCGAUCUUGGUCAAUACAAUUCAAAUAAUGUUUCUGAACGUGAUUAUCUUCGAACUGAAGGCGAUCCUGGUGCUGCUGGUUAUACAAUAAAAGAAGCAAUAGCCUUAGCUAGAAGUGUGGUUCCUGGCCAACGGACACUUGCUUUAAGUGUAAUUGCAGCUAUACUUAAUCGUGCGAUUUGUAACAUCAUCCAGAAUCAAGUUGAUUAUGUUUCUAACAUUGCUGAUGCCGUGGAGCCCACUGACUGGGUGGCUAUUUGGGCAUAUGCUCUGGGCCCGGAACCUGAGCUCGCUUUAUCACUGAGAAUAUCUCUUGAUGAUAACCACAAUAAUGUGGUCCUAAAUUGUGCCAAGGCCAUUCUUAGUGCGAUGAGCUGUGAUAUGAACAAUAUCUUAUUUGACAUGUCAGAGAGGACACCAACUUAUUCAAGGGAUGUUUGUACUGCUCCUGUAUUCAGAAGUAAACCAGAUGUUAAUGUUGGUUUUCUUCGUGGUGGCUUUUGGAAGUAUAAUACUAAGCCUUCCAAUAUUCUUCGUUUUGAUGAGGAGAUGGUGGAUGACAAAGCUGAAGGCGAGCACACUAUUCAGGACGAUGUAGUUGUUGCUGGGCAGGAUUUUGUGGCCGGUCUUGUUAGGAUGGGGACGCUUGAAAGGAUCUGCUAUCUCUUGGAGACAGAUCCUGCUGCGCCAUUAGAAGAAUGCUUAAUAUCGAUAUUGGUCGCUUUAGCAAGGCAUUCUCCAACUUGUGCUGCUGCAGUUUUGGACUGUGGAAGGCUUGUUCAGACAGUCGCUGGCAGAUUUGCUUCAAAUGAACAAAUGAAAAUCAAUUCCAGCAAAAUAAAAUCUGUUACACUCUUCAAAGUAUUGGCUCGACAUGGCAGGAAGAAUUGCUCAACAUUUAUAAACAAUGGAAUUUUUCGUCAGUUGACUUGGCACCUGUACCGAUAUCCAUUUUCUCUUAAUCAAUGGGUCAAGUCUGGGAGAGAGUCCUGCAUACUUUCAUCUUCUUUGCUAGUUGAACAAUUACGUCUAUGGAAGGUCUCCGUUAACUAUGGAUAUAAUAUUUCUGACUUUUCUGACCUAUUUACGUCAUUAUGUGCAUGGUUGACUCUACCUACCUUUGAGAAGCUAAUCGGCAAUGAUGUGAUGAAUGAAUACUGUGCCAUCGCAAGGGAAGCAUAUCUUCUUCUAGGUGUUAUGGCUGAUAGACUUCCAAACUUUUAUUCUCGUAUGCAAGAAACAACGGCAGAUGCUAUUCAAGAUACAGAGGCUUGGUCAUGGAGACACUUUGGUCCCAUUAUAGAUCUGGCCCUCGAGUGGAUACAAGUUAGAAAUAUUCCAUACAUAUCGAGGCUCUUCGACUCCCAAAGUAAUGAUGGUGAGAGACUCAGUUUCCAGGAUUCAGAGGUAAAUUCCUUGCUGUGGGUGAUUUCUUCUGUUUUAAGUAUGUUUGCCAGCGUGCUGAAAGCUGUCGUCCCAGAGGACUUUACGAGCUUGCCUAAUGGUCGGUUGCCAUGGUUGCCAGAGUUUGUUCCUAAGAUUGGACUUGCAUUUGUUAAAAAUGGGUAUUUCAGGUCUGGAGGACUAAGUGAUCCUUCUGAAAAUGGCUCCUUAGUUAAGUAUUUAUGUGAUUUGAGGCUUAAAGGAAGGCCUGAAUUGGCAAUAUCUUCUCAAUGUUGCCUCCAAGGGUUCUUCCAAGUAGCUAAUUCUGUCGAUAAGUUGGUCCAACAUGCAAAUCUCGAUAUCCAUACUGCACGAAGUGGAUACGACAAUUUCUCAAGGGAUGAUAAGAUUCUUGCUAAUGGUAUACUCAAGUCCUGUACAAUUGAAAUACAAUAUCUGCUGUCAACUUUGACAAAAGCAGUUGCUGGUGACUGGCAAUUCCUGCAGCCUAUCGAAACGUUUGGUAGAGGCGGCCCUGCUCCAGGAGUUGGUGUCGGGUGGGGUGCCUCUGGUGGAGGAUAUUGGUCCUUAAAUUCUUUGUUGGCUCAGCAAGAUGCAAGAUUGCUCGUUUACUUGCUUGAAACUUCUACUAUUCCGUCUAUUGUGGAUUCAUCAGAAGCUGAAGAGAUGGGCUGCACAAUGCAAAAGAUAGAUUGCGCCCUUACGGCUUGUUUAAUUGUGGGCCCGGGGAAUAGCUCAGUCCUUGAUAAGUUACUAAAAUUCAUCUUCCAGGUUCCUGUGCUCAAGCAUCUGAGUUAUGGCAUUCAUAAGUUCCUCUUUCUUAGAAACGGAUACAGUUCUUUCAAGUGGAACUAUGGUGACGAAGAAUAUGUGCUGUUUGCUAAUGUUUUGGUCUCUCACUUUCGAACCAGGUGGCUUGGUGCAAAGAAGAAACAAAAAGCCACGUCUGAGAUCAACCAUGUUGGCCAUAAAUCUAUGAAGAAAAAAGUUCGUUUCAUGGAAACUAUUCAUGAGGAUAUGGAUGCGACCAGUGAAGCUGGUGAAGAGUCGUCUUCUUCUUCUUUAAAAUUGGAGUGGGCUCGCCAGAGAUUGCCUCUUCCUGCACAUUGGUUUCUCAGUGCAAUCUCCACCAUUCAGCUCGACAAGAACACAUGCCCGCCCGUUGCUUCUCACAGAGAAACCUAUUCGGAGGUGCCCUCGAACAUUCUUGAAGUUGCCAAGAGCGGACUCUUUUUUCUCCUGGCUGUUGAAGCAUUCCCUACUCUUAGCUCCGAGUUCUGCUUGCCUGUUAAACGAGUUCCAGUUGUUUGGAAACUGCACGCGAUGUCUGCGGCAUUACUUUCUGGGAUGGGUGUUCUGGAAAACGAGAAAAGCAGGGAUGUCUACGAAACCUUGCAGAAUGUGUAUGGCGAAGUUCUUGAUGAGAAAAAGGGUUCAGACAUGCUCGCUGGUGACAAGGGUGUCGAGUGCCUGAAAUUUGCAUCCGACAUCCACGAUAGCUACUCAACAUUUAUUGAAACUCUAGUGGAGCAAUUCUCAGCUGAAUCUUAUGGUGAUAUGAUAUUUGGACGGCAGGUCGCAAUGUAUUUACACAAAUCCGUUGAAGCUUCUGUUAGGCUUGUCGCAUGGAAUACCUUAUCUAAUGCACGCGUCCUUGAGCUCCUGCCCCCUCUGCAUAAGUGCCUCACGAAGGCUGAUGGCUACCUCGAACCUAUUGAGGAUAACGAGAGCAUCCUAGAAGCCUACUCGAAAUCGUGGGUCUCGGGCGCCCUUGACAAAGCGGCAAACAGGAGCUCAGCAGCAUUCUCUCUUGUUCUGCAUCAUCUUUCAUCCUUCAUCUUCGGGGACGUUUCUGAUGCUGCACUCUCACUGCGCAAUAAACUUGCGAAAUCUCUGAUGCGUGACUAUUCUCGCAGGCAGCAACACGAGGGGAUGAUGGUAAAACUGAUAUGCUACAAGAAACCCGAGAUCGAUUCCCAGCUGCCGGCAUCGGAGACGGCAGCUCCGUGUCUACCUGUGUCGGAGAUAGAAAAGAGGUUGCAGCUAUUGAGAGAAAUUUGUGAUGGAUGUGCGCCACAACUGGAAAAGCUUGAGGUCUGUAUCAGAAAAGAGAGUUCAAAAUGAGUAUGGAAUUACUGAUGAAUUUGGAUGUUUGCUGCUCUUGUACAUACAGUUAAGUUAGUUGUUCUUCACAUUUCCCAUAACUUUUUUGCAGAUUAUAAGAUGGCUUUAAUUAUCACUACCAAAA